CACUUCCCUGAUCGUGUAACACUAAAAGUUAUGCUAUAAACAAGAGAUUGAGUAGUGCAGGAGAAAUCUCAAAGGCCUUCAACGGGCAAAAUGUGGUGCUGAUAUUAAUCUCUACCUUUUAUCUUCUUCAUGCCACGGAAGAGAUCCCCAGAAUUUUGACAAUGGCGACCAAGGCCAUCGUUCUAAUUUUCAUCUAUGGACAACUGUGGUGGAGCCACACUGCUGGAAAGGGGCCUACGGGCGUGUCGCUCAAUGCUGAACCCCACAGCUUUCCAUCUCAAGGAAGUCAAUCCAAAGACCCUACCAAAAACGUACAGCAAACGCCAUCCAGCAAGCCCCCGCUUCCUACCACAACAAAAGGACCUAAACUUGCAAAUGAACAUUUAAUAGCCGCCGUGAUCAUUGGGGUCAUCCUGUUGCUCAUGAUUGCGAUUAUCGUUGCCAUCUUCCUUUGGAGGCAGCGGAAAAGGUCAAAUCUGCCUCUUCCCCACUGGGCAGGACGCUCCCCGUAUGCUGAUGGAGACAUGCCUGACCUCACUGUAGAUAAGGAACCACCGCAAGGCAUAAAACGGAUGUCCGUUCUCUCUCUUUUGCCAUGGAAACUCAGCAAGGACCCUCAACUGCUGGAAAAUGCAGAAGGACAACUGUCUGAAUCAAGGAAGUCCUUGGAGGUUCCACAGGGAUCGGGUGAGGCAGGUACAGAGAGCGAGUCAAGCCACACUGCCACGGCAACCUUGGAUUCUUCAGCCAGCAGCCAAACCCAAAUUUCCGAGGAACCAAACAACUUAAUGGACAUCUCGCUCCAGCCUGAGAGUCCAAGGCUACAAGAUCCUCCUUUGGCCAGCUGCCCCAGCAAAGUCAAUGGGGAUAUUUUUAUCCCUGAAUCCCUUCCCAUGGAACAAGAAGUAGAGAACCAGGGUUCCAUAAUGCUGGAUCUGUCCCAACAAAAUGUAGAUGAAGCAGUGCUACUUCCUCCACCGCCAGAAGAUUUUUUUGUGUAACUGAUUUUUAUAGAUGUUGGCGCAAGUAAUUGCUUCCUUCUGGGUUUUUUUUUAAACAUAUACUGAAAAAACUGAAUAGAUCCAUUUACUUUCAUCUUUUCAUACAGGUAGUACUCGACUUAUGACCAUACUUGGGACCACAAUUCCUCUUGCUAAACAAGGUGGUGGUUAAUCAUGCCCAAUUUUAUGAGCUUUUUUUUUUUUUGGCCACCAUUAUUAAGCAACUUGAUCCAUUUAUCUAAUCGUAUUUAUUUAACCAUAUAUCUGAAAUGGUAUAGGAUCGCCUGCUCAAGCAGGGGCUUGGAGUAGAAGACCUCCAACUGUAUUAUUCUAUAUUCUCUGUUCUAAAACAUCACAGUUAACUGAUUCACAUGAUCAUGAAGUGAAUUCAGCUUCCCCCAUUGCUUUUGCUUGUCCGAAGCCAUCUGGGAACAUCCCAAAUGGCAAGCACGUGACCCUGGGACACCACAACUAUUGUACAUGACAUACAUGCCAGUUGCCAAGUGCCAGAAUUUUGAUCUUGGGACUGUGGGGAAUGCUGCCACCGUCAUAAGUGCGAGGACGGGUUGUAAAUCACUUUUUUCAAUGCCAUUAUAAACUUCGAGCAGUCACCAAAUGAACGGUGUUAAGUUGAGGAAUACACGUACUUCCAAAGAUGCUUUCAGGAAGACUCCAUAGCCAAACAUUCUCUAUGGAGAGGUCUUCAAACUUGGCAGCUUUAAGACUUGUGGACUUCAACUCCCAGAAUUCUCCAGCCAGCCAAGUUUGAAGACCUCUCCUCUACAGUCUGUGAUAUUCCAGAGUGAGCUUUGGUUGCAAAGACAGAUUUCAGGAACAUCUUUCCACCUCAUGGAUUUAUUGCUCUUAAAUUCUUAUGUUUGGAAAAGAUUCAUUUAAAAAAAAAAAAGCCUUUAUCACCCUGGAAUCCUUCUAAUCUGGUGUGAACUUUUUCUAAUCAAAAAACCCUGCACUUCAUGGGACUAUUUAAGUGCUUUUAAAUCAUCACUCAGCAAUGUGAAGGUUUGACAUUGGUGCCCGCACUUUGGAAGUUGACCCUUCUGAAAAAUUUCUCCUCUGUUGAAAUUACAGCACAAUUUCUGACUGAACAGUCAUUUUGAAUUUCAUAAUUCUUUUCCUUCCCUUAAUUAUUACCCUUAGAUGUUUGCCUGCGUCCUGUGUAUCUGCAAAGUUAUCAAGAAUUUAUGCAAAGAAUUUAUUCUCUCCUAGUUUCCAUUUUGCUUGAAAGCCUAUUUAUAUAUCUUAUCUAAAAAGCUGUGCCCUUUUUUUUUUUGAUCAAAAAAGCACCUGCCCACGAACUCUCUUGUUUCCAAAUUUCUAUACAUUGGCCUAUUGCGAUACAUGGUGUUCUAAUACACACAUUGUGGCAAUGGUAAGAAUACUUAUUAGCUGCAGUUUUAGUGUCUGAUGGGCUUGCAGGUUGCAGAAAACUCUGAAUUUGUGCAAUUGUAUUUCUACUCACACAUAGAGAAGCAUGCCAAUUGUUCUAAGUUAUUAAUGAGAGGGAAUCAGAUUACUAACUUUCAAGAGAUUGUAGUUUAUUUUAUUACCAAAAGAGCCACUGCUUUAUUCUUCACACAAGGACAAUUAUUCCUACAUGCACUUCAAGAAAGAUUUUAGCCCCAGUUGUCACAAAGCAUUAGAAACUUUAAGCCAGCUUUCCUCAAGUUGGCUGGCAAAUUGUAGGAGUUGCCAUCCCAAAAUAUUUGAAGGGUAUCAAAUUGGGGAAGACUGGUUGCUAUGAAUUAAGAACCAUAAAGAGAUUUUCCCUUAAUGUCGUUCAACAAACGCUUGCCAUUAUUUUGUUAAGCUAGCCAAGGAAGAAUUUUGUUUGGGAGAAUUUUUUACUAAAGGAAUACUACAGGUGAUCAGAAGCAACAUUUGGGAAGUCUGGUCUUUAGAUAGGCAGGAGAUACAGAGACCAAAUUUUUGUCUUCAGUGGGUCACAGAAAAAUUUAUGAAUGAGACAGGAAAGAAAACAGUAUUUUGUUGCUACAGACAAAGUGUAAAAUAAAAUUAUGGAGACACAAAGUUGAUGGCUGCAUGUAGAUAAGAGGGGAACAUGAUGGAAGGAAACCCAGUGAGGGAAUAAAAUAGCAUAUUUGGUUCAACACUGAGCAGAGGGUAAGAUAAAACUGAUACUCCCUUGCUUCUUUAAUGUAGUUAUCAAGAAUGUUUUUGGUGACAUUAGAAAUACAUUGGGCAGAGAAAUGAAAAUACAGUACAGCUAAUCCUGUGCUCUUGGAACAUUUGAUAGUGACAUUUAAAACAGCAGUAAAUAGAUGAAUCUGUUUACUUAAGGCAGGAAAAUGGAUGGAGAAAUAUUAAGACAUGCAUAUACUGGUAAAAAGAUACAGGCAGUCCUCGACUUACAACCACAAUUGAGCCCAAAUUUCCUGUUGCUCAGUGCUAAGACAUUUGUUAAAUGAGUUUUGCCGCAUUUUACAACCUUUCUUGCCACAGUUGUUAAGUGAAUCACUGCAGUUCUUAAGUUAGUAACACAGUUGCUAAAUGAAUCUGGCUGGACUUUGCUUGCAAAAAGUUACAAAAAGUAAUCACAAGACCCCUGGAACUCUGCAAUCGUCAUAAAUAUGAGUCAGUUGCCAAGCAUCUGAAUUUUGAUCACAUGACCAUGGAGAUGCUGUAACGUUCAUAAAUGUGAAAAACAGACAGAAGUAAUUUUUUUCCCAGUGCCGUUACGGUCAUUAGAUGAACUGCUGUAAAUUGAGGAUUACCUGUAGCUGUAAGUGGUCAGUUGUAAGCAAUGAGUAAAAAGAAAUUAAAAUGCCUUGUUUAAGAGCAUGUUUUUGGCCAUUCUGCUAUAAAGUAUGGGUUGGUUAGGUCAAGAAAAACAAACGUUUUUACAAUGGAAAUGGGAUUCUUAAGUGCACAUAAGAACAAGAAGUGAUAGUGUUCAGAAUGAAUGUGGACUAACUGUGGCAGUGAGAAAGUAGCACACUGAGGUGCUUUGGAAAAAGAAUAAAUAAGGAUUCAAUCAUAAAAUAGAGGUAUGAAGGAAGAGUAAAUACGUUGAGAGGAAGGACAAAAUGAGAAAAUAGCAGUUGCGUGGCAUUAAGAAAGUCCUCAUUUUUUUUCUCAUGCCUUCAAUUAUUAUUCAAUAGUAUUGAAAUAUUUAUUCCUUACUCUUUUUCUGUGUUCUGCAUAACCCUGUUUAUUUUGAAAGGGAAUAGCUUGAUGCGGUAUGCAUACAUGCAAAAAAAGAGAGGUUUAAACAGGAAACAACAGUGUCAUGACCUGGAGGACUUGCCAUCAUUGAAAGAAGUAUAAAUUAGGCAUCAUAUCACAGAAUGCUGCAGCAGAAUAUCAGGCCAUCUAUGGAUCAGUCAAAAUGAAGUGCCAAUGGGCCAUACAGAGAAAAUAUGUAAUCCCAAACACACAAGAUCUACCGUGUUUCCCCGAAAAUAAGACCCUGUCUUAUAUUUUUUUGAACCCGGAAAUAAACGCUUGGCCUUAUUUUCAAGGUCUUAUUAUUUUGGGGUGCGUGGAGCAAGACGGGGCUUCUCUUGCUGUCUUACCCAAUUUCCAGCUCUGUCUUCCUAACCCUAACCAGAGGAAAUGGCAGGGACUGGCUGCACAUGCAAUUAAAUAUUUUUGGGGAGGGCUUAU